CAAGGCACAUCAUAUAGGUCCCUGUUUAAGCCCCGCCCCGUCCCGUGCCGUGGACCAAUCAGCGCCCCAAAUUCCAUGGGGCGCGCGCCGGCCGCCACACCGCUGAGAAAGACCUCAACGCCGCCACCCGACUUCAGGGCACUAACACCAGAGCAGCUGCGUGCGCGGGUACUCCUGUUCUUUGAAGUGACGCCGUACUUACGUGCUAGAAACCUGUGCUGGAACAGCGUGAUAAGACAACUGAGUCUUUUGCCUGUUUUGGCUUGUGUCGUGGCGUUUGAAAUUUUGGAGCCUGCAGCAGCGAACGUGGCUCUUUGAAGGCGUCAGCUCUUCAAAUAUCUGCCCUUCAAUCUUCAAGGCAACAUCCCUUCGUGAGAUCAAGCGGCUUUCACCGAGGUCAAGCUCGUGCCCUGGUGACCUGGCAGUGACCUGUCAUGACCUGGUCACUACCUGACAGUCCUGACAGUGGUGUUGUGCUGGAGGACAGAUUCAUCUGCGCGACUGUUCCCACCAAGACGUUCAGCAUAUCCAGCAGCAUGACCAGCCCACGGAGAGACACAGGUGCUGUGGUAAAACAUGGUGAACGGCUCUACCGCGACGUGCGGCUGGAAGGUGGACAAGUGGAAGAAGUUGAUGCUCCACAGCAGCAGCAGGAUGCUGAGAAUGUGACGUCUCUGGUCAAGGUGGAGAGUCCUGGCAGCUGCUACGAUAUAUAUGGCGAAUUCACGCUAAAAUCAGACCCCGGAGCCGACUUCUCCGCCGGAAGUCCGCCACUAUGCAGUCCACCGUGCUCUAUCUCGUCCUCCUCCCACUCCUCCGCCCCUCUACCUCCUCCCUCCCGCCUCCUCCCGCCCUCUCCCUGCCAACCUCCUCUCUCCAAAAAGCGGUGUCGUCGCGCGCUGACUGACGAGGUCUGGCGCCGUCGAAGAGAAGGAGCCAACUGCCGAGAAAGACGAAGGAUGCAGAGGCUGAACGAGGCCUUCGACCUCCUUCGGCAGCAUCUUCCACAGGGUAGUGAAGCGCAGCUGUCCAAACACGAGACUCUGCAAAUGGCAAUGGAGUAUAUUGCAGCGCUGCAGAGGCAGUUGUGAGUGUGGUGUUGGUGGUUGGGUUGGAGGGAGACGUAGUGAAAGGGAAGGACUCGGUUGGAACGGUUGUUAGAUUGAGGGGCAUUUGAUUGUGUGAUCAUCAGGUAGGCAUUGCUUUGUGUUAGUUUGGUGUUCAUCAGUGUUUCAUCUUUUUUAUGGAGCUGAACUAUGAGACAGUGUGAUGCGUUAACUAAUGUUGUGCCGCCUAGCUCAGGGAUUGAUUCGUCGUCAGACAUUGCUAAGGUAGUGCUUGUGGUGACUGCUAGCUAGUGAGGCUGAAACGGUUGCGUGGUGACCAGGUUUCCAGGUGAAACGAAAAGGCUUCAUCGCAAAGCCUUUUGACUUCACUAAGUGAAUCGUUCGUCGGUGGGUUUGUGUACUUCUGAAGUUACCAUGGCGACAAAGAUGCUCAGGAAAUUGUACCUGAAAAGACUAGAGGACAUACAUAUUACCGCUCAUGAAACUGUCAGACUGUGAACUGUAGAUACAUAUUCCUUUUUAGCAGUGCCAGCACAUGGUGGCACUGACGCUAUUUACCUUGCAAAAGGCAUCCAUAAAUCGGAACCUCAUUUUGCUCAAUAUUUCUCUGCGAGUGCAAUGCUAUUUGACAGUGCCUAGAACACGACGUAGAAAUGAACACUUGUCCAUGUUUGUGUUGCGCUGUGAUCUCGUGUCUGCCAUAUAUGUGCCAGCAAAAAUGUUUCCAGGAAGACAUCCAAAUUGAUGUAUAUUAUUGGAGAGGCGUUUCAGAUGAGAAAAUCAUUUUUAAUUUGGUGUUUUGACCAAGAUCUCGUUGUAAGACGUACUUUCGUGCUAAGUGUUUUUUUUUUUCAUUACG